UAUACAUGUCCAAUUAGCUUCGUUGAGCUAGCUAUUCAGGGACAUCUCUGGCGGCGGACUGCUGUGACCGUGCCAGACAAGGAUCGGAGCUUAAGUGCAAUCGAACGAUAUACAUGCAGCGAUUUGCUCCAGAUCAAGCUGGUCUGCAUCGCGUGGAUCCAUUUAUCUGAUCAAGCCAAUAGUAGGAUUGUGCGUCCGGAUCCAUUUACACGAUCACCAUGACGACAGAAAUCUCCACCUCCAUAAACAUCAAGGAGCCUCGAUGGGACCAAGGGACGUUUAUGGGCCGGGCCAAACACUUCUUCACUGUUACCGACCCCCGCAACGUCCUGCUUACUAAUGAACAACUAGAGAAUGCACACAAAGUCAUCAGUGACUACCGGCAAGGGGUGAUGUCCCCCGGGCUGACAGAGGACGAGCUAUGGAGAGCCAAGUACAUCUUUGACUCAGCCUUCCACCCAGACACUGGAGAGAAGAUGAUCCUGAUUGGCCGCAUGUCGGCUCAGGUCCCCAUGAACAUGACCAUCACUGGCUGUAUGAUGACCUUCUACAAGACAACUCCAGCUGUAGUCUUAUGGCAGUGGAUCAAUCAGUCCUUCAAUGCAAUAGUCAACUACACCAAUAGGAGUGGAGAUGCUCCUCUCUCAGUUAAUCAGCUUGGCACAGCCUAUGUAUCUGCUACCACAGGGGCAGUAGCCACGGCUCUAGGACUAAAUGCACUAACAAAGCACAUAUCUCCCCUCAUAGGGAGGUUAGUUCCCUUCGCUGCUGUUGCUGCUGCGAACUGCAUCAACAUCCCUCUCAUGAGGCAACGGGAACUGAAACACGGCAUUCCGAUAACAGACGAGAACGACAACCGGUUAGGAGAGUCAACCACCGCCGCUAAGCAGGCCAUCUCCCAGGUGGUGGUGUCUAGAAUCCUCAUGGCCUCUCCUGGAAUGGCUAUCCCUCCAUUUUUAAUGAACACCUUGGAAAAGAAAGCCUUCCUAAAGAAGUUCCCGUGGAUGAGUGCACCUAUUCAAGUGGUCUUGGUGGGAUUCUGCCUGGUGUUUGCCACUCCGCUAUGCUGUGCACUGUUCCCCCAGAAGAGCUCUAUGUCAGUAAGCAGAUUGGAGCCAGAGCUUCAGGAGAAGAUCCGUGCGAGCCACCCUGGGGUGGAGAGGAUCUACUUCAACAAAGGACUAUGAGUGUCCAGCUCACCAACAACCCUCCUGGCACUACCAUACUACCCUCUCACCAUCUGUACUGGUGGCAGACACCAACCCUCCUGGCACUACAAUACUACCCUCUCACCAUCUGUACUGGUAGCAGACACCAACCCAGACACCAACCCCAACCCACCGCCAACCCUCUUCCUCAUUCUGCCAAAGUUUUGUUUUGCUUCUCAUCCUCAACUGCCCUCCUUUUUCUCCUCCUCUCCACAGACAGAGUCCCUUGUUCCCUCCUCCCUUCACCCUCUCUCUGUCACCCUCUCUCUGUCACCCUCUCUCUGUCACCCUCUCUCUGUCACCCUCUCUCUGUCACCCUCUCUCUGUCACCCUCUCUCUGUCACCCUCUCUCUGUCACCCUCUCUCUGUCACCCUCUCUCUGUCACCCUCUCUCUGUCACCCUCUCUCUGUCACCCUCUCUCUGUCACCCUCUCUCUGUCACCCUCUCUGUCACCCUCUCUGUCACCCUCUCUGUCACCCUCUCUGUCACCCUCUCUGUCACCCUCUCUGUCACCCUCUCUGUAACCCACUCUGUCACCCACUCUGUCACCCACUCUGUCACCCACUCUGUCACCCACUCUGUCACCCACUCUGUCACCCACUCUGUCACCCACUCUGUCACCCACUCUGUCACCCCACUCCGUCACCCUCUCCUUCACCCUCUUUGUGUUUGCUGCUAUGUGUGAUUUAUUUUCAAUUGCAGAAGAAAUUGGUCUCGUUGUAAUUCUGGCACUGUGAUGAUGGUGGUUUAUAGUUGGGUCUGUGUUCAGUGAAAGGAGGUGAUUGUUGUUUUUCUAUUCCCAUGCAGUUUUUUUAAUAGUUGACUUUUCUGUCGAUUUGUAUUUUUUUCUGCCAAAACAUUUUCAUAUUCAAAACAGAUGUUUGUGUUCAGUGGAGACCCAGGAAAAAUAACAGGGUAUUCCUGUAUUUGUAACAAUAGCAGUAAUCAGUAUUAGUCAGUCUUAAUCGAAACUAUGAUGCCUACUCCAAAAUGAAGUUAAUUUAUUUGCCAAAUCUCAACAGCGGUUUGUGAGACCUCAACAAAUCAUUUCAGAGAAUAACAAUAUGACAUACAGUGCAUUUUAAUGAAUUCAUAUUUGCCAAAUGAGUGAACUUUGCCAGGUGUGCGUCCCAAAUGGCAUCCUAUUCUCAUAGGGCUCUAGUCAAAAGUUGUGCACUAUGUAGGGAAUAGGGUACCAUUUUGGAUGGUGUCUACAUUGGUUCCAUGACCAGGGUUUACGCCCCCUAACAGUGUGAGAUCUUUUAAUGGUCUACAAUAACCAUUUAUGUAUAUUACUGGUGCUUUUGAUGCAAUAUCUUCAUAUAAUUGAUGUUUAUUCCAGACUAUCUAUUCUGCUUCCCAAACCAUGCAUGAACAAACCACUCCUCAUUAGUGUGAUAAUACGGCAGGUGUUUUUCAGACAGUCAACUAGUCUGUCUGUAUCGUCACUUCAGGCACAGGAGGUUGGUGGCACUUUAAUUGGGGAGGGACGGGGCUCGUGUUAAUGACAGGAGCGGAAUCAGUGGAAUGGUAUCAAAUGCGUCAAACACGUGGUUUCCAUGGUUUCCGUGGUUCCCAUGGUUUCCAGGUGUUGGAUGCCAUUCCAUUUGCUCCGUACAGGCCGUUAUUAUGAGCCGUUCUCCCCUCAGCUGCCUACACUGCUUUCAGGGUGGCAUCCGCUGCAUCUGUGUUUCAAAACAAUGACAAAUCUUAUGUUAAAACAACGUAUAGUUUGAUACAGUAUCUGGAGGGGGGGGGGGGUCUCCCCCUAAAGCAGAAUCCGCCAUGCCGUCUUGCCUUGAAAUGAAAGUAGCGAUCAAUUUCAAGGUGUGGCACAGCGUUGUGAAGUGUUGUGUUGUUUCUUGAUAAAGAGAAAAACCUUGCGGUCCCGAAUAGCGACCCAGGUACGAGACAACCCACCUUGCUGAACCAUGUGCCAAAGAGAUGAUGGUCAGUUUGUUUUUAUUGUGCUCCUCUGCUGCUGUCUCAGGCUGGCUAGACCAUCUCUCAGGCUAGACAAAAGCGCAGCAUGUCUUGUGCAUGUUUUGGCAAUCCCUAAUUUAAAAUCUAUAUGACAAAAGAAUUUGAGGAAUAGUGAAUGAUUGACCUGCUGAAAGAUUCACUCAAAUGCACUGUUAUGGUGUUAAACUCGGGACUACAAUAACAGCAGCAAAAAGUACAGGUAGGCUGGGGGUCCAGUACUGUCAGACAAAAGGAACUCUGGAUAAUAGCGCUACGAGUACAUAAAAAACCCACACAAUAGACAGAUUUGCUAUUUUUUAUCCAGUUUAUUCCAGAGUUUAUGUCUAAGAAGUAAAUGGAAGUAAUACUUUAAAAGUGUUUAAAAUAAUUAUUGUGAACAUUCCGUUUGGUUGAUAAUAGUGUCCUCCGUUUUCAUCGCAUCAUGUGAUUUCUGUAAGGUGUUUUUUCAAAUGUUUUAAGUAUGAAAAAUAUAUCAACCAGUAUUGACUUAUAUGGUUUCUAUAUAAGUAUUUUCAGAGAGAAUCCUGCUAUAGAAGUUGUUCUUCCAGAUUUUAAGAAGAGGCUUUGAGCGAUGGAUAAUGUUUCAGUGUAUUUCAGUAGUUAAAUGUAGCAUCGGCAGAUCUAAUUCAAACCGAGGCAGUGAUUCAAUCCAAGGCUGGUUGUAAGAGCAGUGCAUUGGACAGACACUGCACCUUUUUAAAAGGCAAUUUCUCUGACGUUCAAACGGUAACCGCUGUAAAUGACGUCAAAGUGGUCUGCUCUAUAACGUGCCUAGGAUUGAAUCACAGUCUCAGCAUCUAUUCAUUGUUUGAUGUUUUUCAUAUGUACAACUGUGAAUGCUAUAUUUGGAAUAUUGUAAUUGAUGGUUGACCUGAGAUAAUACAUAUUUCUAAUUCUCAGUAUUUCAAACUUAAAGUCCUAUAAAUGAUUUAUGUGAUGAAGCACAUUCAUUAAUCAAAUAUGUUAAUGUAACUUUGAAAAGCAACAAUUAGUGAGAGAUAAGCACAAUGGAUUCUUAAUAACAAUAUUUGUCAACCAGCAGACAAUGUAUUCGUGUGUCUCUUUAACUUGAUGUACCAAACCCCAAGAAAUGCCACACAAACAUGCCCGAACAAACCUUAAUUACUACAAAUUAAAAGUCAUACGUAAAUAUCAAUCAAUGUUUUACAGGCCUUCAGUCUAUCUGCCAAGUCAAUCUGCUGCAAUGUCAAUCUAGCCAAAGUGAUACAAAUACACUCAAGAGGAUGACGUCAUGACAGUUUACAGUCAUCUAAAUUAAAUGGGUAUUUUUAGGAAAAGGGUAUUCUGGAAUAAUGAUAUUUUAAUUAUUAUUUUUUUCAGUAUAUUUGGGAUGUUGUCAUGUCUAGACUAACUGGAUGAAAUAAAAGUCUCAAGAGGGUU